GAGUUGAGGAAAAGGCGGAGUUUUCCUUUAAGUAGCUGCUCCUGUACUGUAAUACAGCUAGUUCUCCAUAUGAGCUAAAUGUUGCAGUUUUUUUUUUUAAAUUCCUGUCACCAGUAAGAUAAUUUUUGUGGAAAAAUCCAGUUACUUGCUAGAACAGGAGCUACAAUCUCAUUUCUGAAAACAAGGUUUGAAAAGUAGUGGCUGGUGCACAUCAAAGAGCAAGCUCUUAACAAAGAAACUUACAACCCUUUAUGAGCAGCAACAAUGUCAUCAAGACCCUUCGAGAGCCCCCCACCAUAUGAUCAUGGAAGCGUUCAUUACAGCCAGCCUGCCAGUUACGCACCAAGUGGAAAGCUGUACAAAGCAGGCAGCAGAGACCUGUAUAAUGAAGACAUGCAAUCACAACCAGCGUACUCCUACUAUCCUGGAGAUGAAGUACAGCAUUUCUACAAGUGGUCCUCUCCUCCUGGAGUCAUCAAAAUCUUAGCAAUGCUUGUUAUUGUGAUGUGUAUUGGUAUUUUUGCUUGUGUCGCUUCUACACUGCCUUGGGAUUUGGACUCUUACAGUGGUGCUGGAAUAGGAACUGGCAUGAGUGGCAUCGGAUAUGGAGGUUCCUAUAGUGGGAUGGGAAGCUAUCUUAACUAUGGAUAUGGUUAUGGAUAUGGUGGAAAUUACAUUAACCCUCGUAGUGCCAAAGGCUUCAUUCUGGCAAUGGCAGCCAUGUGCUUUAUUUUUACAAUGAUAUUAUUCAUCAUCCUUAUCUCUAAAGGGCAGUCUUUCCGAACAAGGAAGUUUUAUCUGAUUAUUCUCAUUGCUUGUGCUGUCCUGGGAUCUCUGAUGCUGAUUGCUACUAUAGUAUAUGUCGUUGCCGUGAACCCAACUGCCCAAGCUGCUGGGUCAUCAUUCUACUAUCAAAUUGUGUCCUUAUGCAGCCAAUUCUACGUUCCAGCAGCUUCAGGUGUUUAUACGAACCAGUACUUGUAUCACUACUGUGUGGUUGAACCACAGGAGGCUAUUGCCAUUGUCCUUGGCUUUUUCGUUGUGGCAUGUUUGGCCAUAAUCAUAUUUUUUGCGGUGAAAGUCCGAAGAGCAAUUGGAUGUUAUGGAAAAAUGAACAUUCUGUGGGACAAAGAUUGCACUGAAGAAGAGGCCAACCCUAAUGUUGAAGAAUGGGUGAAGAAUGUGUCAGGAGUCCCAUCUGAAAUCCGUGAAAUUGAUUCCUAUCCAGACAAAGUCAAUGGCUCCAUCAAUUAUCCCAUGCAUAAUGAUGAUAUUGAGGACAGAGCUCAACUUCACAGCAGGGCCAAUGGAAAAACUCCGGUGCAUGAAAGUGAAAUUCCUCUUAUGAAAAACUACCCACCUCCUACCCAUAAUUAUAGCAGUAGCUCUGAUGCAACUGCAAAAAAGCCAGUCCAGAGUAGACCACCAAGAAAGCGCAAAGCUGGUCGAGAAAAGUCACCUAACUCUGAGGGAUAUGACACUGAUUAUACUACAGGAGCAGAAUCGUGUGAUGAGUUAGAUGACGAUGACCUGGAUAGAACAUUCCCAAGAAUUACUUCUGAGCAGCAAAGGCAGACUUAUAAACAAGAAUUUGACUCUGGCCUACAGGAGUAUAAGCAGCUACAAGCAGCAAUGGAUGACGUCAACAAGAGACUGUCUGACAUAAACAGCCAGCUGGAUCUUCUCCACGAGGACAGUGAGGAGUAUCAGGCAUUGGCUGAGGAGUAUAAUAUGCUUAAGGACCGCAAGUUGUCUGCAGAUUACAUAGAGAAAAAGAGGCGUUGCAAGCAGCUGAAAGGUAAACUGGCCCACAUUAAGCAGAUGGUCAGUGACUAUGACAGUCAAAAAUCAUGAAGCUGAAAACCUGAGUGAAACUUCAUCACUGAAGUUCAGUGCUGCCGGAAUUUUAACAAAACAAUAAAGGCUAGGUGUUCUGCAGUCCAGAUAUUCAUAGAGAACCAGACUUGUCUUUCAGCCUGCGCAUAUGUUUAUUCAUGUGUAGCAGUAUGUUGCAAACUGCAGACACUAUGACAUUUAACUCAGGGGAUUGAGAUCCUGGUGCCAGCUGAAAUGUCAUUAUUUAUAGCCUUGUCUUAUUUCAGCCAGUUAAGGUUUAAUGUGGCUCUCUGAAACUGUUUUAACACUGCUGUAUAUAACUGUACUUUUGCAGCAUGAUGUAGUCAUACAUUUGCAAGAAAAUUGUUUAGUUCAAAUGUUUUAUUCUAUGUUACGCCCGUAAGGUUGUACAGCAUAGCCCUGUUGUGUCUGUUUCAGGCAUAUUUCAAAUGUAAAUGGACUUCUGAGUCUUCUAUUUAGUUACAGUAAUGGACUUCUGGGUGCAAGGCUCUGUGAAAUUCAUUUCCCACUUGUAAAACUGCACAGCUGUAACUUGUGAAAAUACCAAAAGAGGCUCGGGGAAAAUACCCAGUAACCCAGACCCUUAUGCAUAAUUUUUCAUAGCCUUGAAUAGUAAAGUACUACUAUAUUAAAGAAGAUGAUAUGUGAUCCUUGCCAUCUAAACCUGUGCAGAUGCUAUCAAAUAUCAUUUAAUGUAUCUCAUGACAGCUUUCCACAACCUAUUUUAAUUUUGUGUUGUGUUACUGUUAGUGAUUUGUGUACACGUAGGUGUAUUGUACUUAUCUUUUUAACAACAGAAUGUGUUAUUUUCAUGUGUAUUUUGGUUGUCUUUGCAUAAUCUAAUGCAGUGGUGUAAAAUUGUGUACAUAAUUGUUUCUUAAGCAUAUAAAAAAGCUGCAUUUUAUUUUGUUUUUACAAUAAAAAUAGUCUGAAAAUUGA